CUCCUCAUCUCUCAUCUUGAACUUAAAUUAAAAUGAAGCCCAAGUCUAAUUUCAAAAAGAAAACAAAGAAUACCGAUAUCUUAUCAGCCGGUAGUAAAAUCUAUGCCAAAAAGAGAAAGAUUAAGAAAGAAACAGUUGAAAGUGUCGAUUUUGAUCCUGUUAAAAGAACUGAGUUUUUAACAGGUUUCCACAAGCGUAAAGUAGAAAGAAAAAACAAGACCAGAGAGAAAUAUGCUUUAUUAGCAAAAGAGGAGAAACUUCGUAACCGUAAAGAGGUGAGAGAGCAACGCCAAGCUUUAGCUGAAAAGAACGUACAGGAAAUGGCAGCCAUGUUGCGAGUUUCUGUCGGUGGUCCUGAAUUCGAAGGUUUUGAGUCUGAAGAGGAGACUGAGGAAAAGGUCGUCGAAAAGAAGGCUCCUGUUGUUCAAGAGUUUAAAGAUAAGACUACUUUAACAACAGUUACCGUCAUUGAAGAUUUGGAUUUAGAUGCCGAAUAAACAUUAUCGAAAAUCAAAAUUGUACAUAUAUCCAGAAAUUUAUAGUAUCAUAACAGCAAUAAAAACAAAUUUGUAAACAAUAAUGUUAUGGCAGCAUGAUGGGCGGG